AAUGUAAGAAUGAAAUACCAAACGUCGAAAAAAAACUGCAGCUAGCAAUGCCUCAUUGGUAAGCAGUGUUGAAUCGGCUAUAUUACAACACAGUCCCAAAACCGCUUUCAGUGGGGUAUUUCUAGUGAGUUGGUGGCAGAUUUCAGAAGUAUAUAAUAUCUCCAGUCGAUUUAUUCAAAUUUAGUUUCUGGAAUUCAUUCAACAUGGAUGCGCUAUAACCCCUCCAAUGGCAAUUAGGAGUUACGCAUUGAAGAUAGCCCUGCAAAAGCUUCAGAAAACGACCCAGAAAAUUAAUCUUCACGAGUUCUCAGCUAAGCAUCUUUUUCCCAACUCAUUUAAUGCUAAAUACUCUGCAGCACUCAAUAAAAUGACCAUAUUAAACUCUACUCCAGUAUGUGUGCAAUGUCGUCUCUCCUCUUAUAUCAUUUCAACCGAUAAAACCCUAGAUGAGGGAAAACCCUCCAUCUCGGGCAUUGAGGAUUCAAAGGAUGCCGAGACGAUAUGUAGGAUUUUGAUUGAUCAGCAUAACCCUUUUCAUGUGAUGGAAGGGGCUUUGCAAUUAAAUGGAAUCAACAUAACCGCAGAUAUAGUUUACCAGGUUCUGCUAAGGUUGAGGUUAAGAAAUGCAUCCAAAGUUGCUUUAGGGUUUUUUGUUUGGGCUAAAGAACAGGUAGGUUAUCAUCAUAGUGUUAGUGCAUACAAUGUCAUGAUUGACAUGCUGGGGAAGGUUAGGCAGUUUGAUGUGGCAUGGCAGCUUAUCAUCGAAAUGGGCCAGAUUUUUCCCCAGGUAGGUGUGAAGUCAUUUUCAAUUUUGAUCAGAAGGUAUGCCGCUGCUGGCAUGGCCACGCAGGCGAUCAGGGCCUUUGAUGACAUGGAGAGUUUUUUGGAGAGGGACCCUAGUAGCGAGGACUUCAAAAUGCUGCUUGAUACGCUCUGCAAGUAUGGGUUUUCCAGAUUGGCAACUGAAUUGUUCAAUAAAAGGAAAGCCCAAUUCACACCUGAUACUAAAACCUAUAACAUUCUUAUAUAUGGGUGGUGCAAGCGUAACAAGUCUGCAAUUGCCAGGAAUCUUUUGAAUGAGAUGAUUAAUCAGGGUUGUGAACCCAGUGUGGUCACUUACAAUGUACUUCUCGAAGACAUCUGUGGGAAGAACAAGUUAUUGGAGUCCAGAUUCUGUCAAAUGAAGAAAGCAGCUGAAAAUCUUUUAGUUGAAAUGAAGAGCAGAGGAUUUCUUCCUGACGUAAUGACUUAUUCUAUACUGAUGCAUGCAUAUGGUAGAGCACUCAAGGCGGAAGAAUGCUUUAGAUUGUUGAAUGAGAUGAAAGAAAAUUGUUGCAGCCCGAAUGUUGUAACAUAUACUUGUGUUAUCAAGUGUCUUUGCAUUCUUGGCAGAAUGAAUGAGGCUUAUAUAUUGCUUGAUGAGAUGGUACAAGAUGGAGUUUACCCAUCUGCUAUCACUUACAAUUGUUUUCUCAAGGUGUUUGGAGGUCGGAAUGAUGGUGAUAAGGCCCUAGAAUUGUACAAGAAAAUGCAAGAAGCGCCCUUGACAAGCAAGCCAACAAAUCAAACCUAUCACAUCUUGCUCCGUAUGUUUUGUAGAUUGGAUCGUAUGGAUGUUGUCUUUGAUAUAUGGAAUGACAUGCAUCAGAAGGGGAAUGGCCCUGACCUUGAUUCUUAUACACUAUUAAUUCAUAGUUUGAUUGAAAAGGCUAAAUGGAGAGAAGCCUGUUUGUAUUUUGUACAAAUGAUUGAGAAGGGACUUCUGCCUCAGACUGUCACUUUUGAAACACUGUAUAAAGGAUUGAUACAAUCAGAUCAACUGCGUUCGUGGAGAAGGCUAAAGAACAAACUUGCAGAUGAAUCAAAAAAAUUCAAAGAAGAAUUUGAAGGCUACCACUUUAAGCCUUACCAAAGAUAAAUAGGAAUAUUUUUAAGGAAAUCAAUCUCUCUUUUGAUGGGAAGACAUCUCACAAUUAGCUGACUAAGUAUAAUACGCUCCAAUAUUUACUGUUCUUUUGCAAAUUUUAUUGGCCCAUUGUUUUUUGGCAUGAGCGUAGAAGUUUAACUUUUGAUCUAUCUAGUGAGCAAAUUUUUGAUCCUUA